AUGGACGCCUCCACGAUCGACCAAGCCGACCUCGACAGGCUCACCGACAAGGACAAGCAGGACCUGCGCCAGUUCAUCCAGAACGAGCAGCAGCGCACCAGGAUCCAGGCCCAAUCCCAUGACCUGACAGAGACGUGCUUCAAAAAGUGCGUGACCGGCUCCUUCAAGAAUGGCAAGCUGGACAAGGGCGAGGAGGCGUGCCUGACGAACUGCGUGGAUCGCUUCAUGGACGUCAGUAUGCUGGCCGUGAAACACCUGCAGAGUAUGCGCCAGGGCUAG